AGUACUAUACAGCCUCCCCAUUUUAUCUACACCGCAUGAAUUUCUGACAACCUUUUUUUUUUAAUAUCUCUUAAUCCUAUUCGAAAUCUCUAUUUUCCACCCCACUCAUUUUCUCUCUCCCUCCUUCCCUCUCCUGGCAUUUCCCUCCCAGCCCCCCAUGUCCCCACUCUGCCGUCCCACCAUGGCAUUUUCCCCAUCCCUUGCGUCGUACAGAAGCCCCCCUCCCCUACGUCAGACGAAAGCCCCCUACCUUCUCCCUCUCAUUUUCCCCCUCCCCUGCAUUAGAUCGAAAGCCCCCUACCUAUACCAGUCCGUGCGAGCUCCUCCCCCACUGGGAUAUGUUGGUCCCGAAAAUCCAUACCACCCGGUGUAUAUGAUGCCUUUAUAUACGUAUCCACAUCGAUAUUCGUAUCAUUGGGGUAACCAACAUCCUCCAACUAUGUCCUACCCUCCGUCGAGUAAUCUGGAGCGAUUCCAAGAGACCUCCCAACACCCAGUUCAAUCAUCAACUAUGCCUGAUGAAAGUGAAGAGAGAAUGAGUAUAAUGAAUGAUGGCUUUGUUUCAGUCAUGGACGUGGAUGACGAGUUCAGAGUCAGAAAUGUGUUCUAGGUUGAUACACGAAGUCGAGCGGCAUGAGUACUUCGGAGAUAUUAUCACAUUUGAUACAACGUAUUUAACAAAUAGGUACGAUAUGCCUUUCACUUCCUUUAUUGGUGUAAACCAUCAUGGGCAGUCCAUAUUGUUAGGGGGCUGAUACAAAUAU